AUGUCUCGAAAGAAUAUAUUUUUGGUAGGCGCACCGCUAUCGUCAAGCCUGAGUUGGCACGCAGACGAACUUCUGAAUACACCUAUACCUCCCUUUCAUGAAAGCACGAAUAGCCCAGGACAAGAGCUGUCGCUGGAUCAGCCACCUGUGAGAUGGCGACUUCUACGGUCAACCUCAGACAAGCUAGAUGAAAAUUAUGCUGUCUAUCAAGGUCACAAGGAUACAGAAUUUUUCAUCUCGUACCAGCUAGCCGCGACAACAAAUGCGCUGCCUGAAAACCCGGCAGAUUCGAUGCUGUCAAAAUUCUUCAACCACUCUUUUGCCGUUCACGAAACCUCCGAGGUAAGUAGUCCGGGGGUUUACGUAGCGGAUUCAACCCAAGAGAGUAGUUUGGGCGAGGAUAGCGCGAAGACCAGCUCUAGGGGGUUGGAAAAAGCAGACAUUCCAACAACACCUCGCAUGCUCCAUUUUGCUGGACCUCUUACCGACUUGCACAACCUCCCCACAGCAAAAUACAUUCAGUCCAUUGCACCGCAGACGAUGACGGUGAAUUUGAUAGUGGGAGUGCUCGCCGUCCACCUCCCACGGCGGAUUGUAACACGACAAUGGAAAACCGAAUUGGACAUUAUUGAGCUCGUUGUUGGAGACGAGACCAAAGCUGGGUUUGGCGUCAAUUUUUGGCUCAAGCCGGAGAAGCCGUCCGCUGCCAAGAACAGUGAAGCGGAUCACCUUGGUCGAUCCCUCGCGGGCCUCCGACCCCGCGACAUCGUCUUACUCCGUAAUGUCGGACUCAGUACAUUCCAAGAUCGAGUUUACGGACAAAGUCUUCGAGGGAUGACCACGGUUGAGCUUUUCUAUCGACAAGCGGUGGAUGUGACGGAUGCAGUUGGACUUUAUCAGAACAGAAUGUUAGAUAGCUCACAAGACAAUCAGCCAAUCCUUAAGACUCGCCGAGUACGAAACUGGAUGUUCCGAUUUGUGACGGAUUCGGUUGGAAUGUCUCACCCACGUGGAUUGCCCCCGGACACGCAAUAG